UCGACGGCUAGUGGACACCGCGCCGCGAAUGGCGGGCAAGGCGAAAAAGAAAAAGUCCGGCAAAGAGCCGGCCGCCGGCGGUGGUGGUGGCGCCGGUGGCGGCGGAGGCGGCAGCGGCGGAGCGGCCACCGGGGCCAGCGGUGGGGCAGCGAAGGACGCGCCCGCUGCCGAAACCGAGGAGCCGGACGAAGACGACGGCGAAGCCAAGCCAAAGAAGGGCAAGGGCAAGAAGGGGAAGGGCAAGGGCGGCAAGUCGUCCAAGUUCCAGGGCGACAUCUUCAACGAGGCGGCCAUGGAGAACGCCUACUACAUUUGCCACAACAUCCAGGAUGUGCUGAAGUCGCGGGGAUUCGCCUGGCCCGAGGGCCAGAAGAAGAAGAAGAAGGGCAAAAAGUAGGCACCAGCGUGGGACACCCCCGGGGGACUCGCAACCGCCGUCCCAAAACCCACGGGGCCUAAUUUUUCUCAGGUGGCAGCUCAGCAGUAUCGCCAACAACGCAGCGUAGGAAGUAUUAACAUAAGCGCCAUCGAGCCAUCGCCGCUGGGCAAUUCGGCGCAACAUGCAGCCUCGACGUUAUGGUUAUGAUUGGUGCAACAGCAACAACAGUAACAUUCCAAGGUCGUCAUUCUACGUGAGGACGGUGUGAAGGCCAGUUUGUCCCGUAGCAGGUCGGGCUCAGUCCCCUCCCGGGGUUGUUUCUGGAAUCCGAUCUGUGCUGCAUUCAAGAGUGUUGAAUAAAAACGUUUUUUUUAAAGCGACGAUCCACGGAGCAGAAAACAAGUAUAUAUAUAAAUA